AUGGCUAAAACUUUGAAGUCAAUUUGCCUUUCUGUGCUUUUUGUUAUAUUCAUCGUCUUUGCAGUUGCAGAUGGCGGGCUUGUAGGAUGCCGUGAAUGGUCGUAUAGUAGCACAUGGCAGGGUGCAUGCUUGUGGAGUCCAAACUGCAACAAGGCAUGCACAAAAGAAGGUGCGACUGCUGGAGCCUGCGUACUUUUCAAGUGCGUUUGCUAUGAUGGUAAAAGUUGUCCGCAGGGCCGCCUCCCUGCACACUAGCUACACCUACAUGCACUAGAUAUACUCCAAAAUGCAUUCAACUUUCAAUGUAUAUGUACGUACUUGGCACGUAUUACAUUCGACUAACUACGUACCUAUAGCUCCUCCAUGUGUUUGUAAA